AAAAAGUAUCCAAGAAGCGGUUUUUUUUGGUUACAAUAUUCCGUUGCUUCUUUGUGGUCAAUACAAAAGAAGGAAAGCGCCGUUAAAGACAUUUUGAAAUUAUGCUUUAUUUAAGUGCUUAUUCUGUGUGUAAGUUCGUUUCUAUACGUAUCUCUCUUUAUUUAACAAGGAUAUAAUUGAUCAGUUAACUUGUUAAUGUGUAAAGAGCUCAUCACAAGUGUCGGAUAUUGGCAGUCUAGGAUCUGACUCGUAAGACAUUUUAUUUGUAAGAAAAAUCGCAUUAAUAUUUCAAAUGCAUGGAAAUUGUCAAUAAAAUGUACCACUUUAUUGCAAAAGCUAAAGCUAUAACUACAAUUUGUGAAGUUCUUGAGUUUCAUAUAUUUUCACGUUCCAUUGAUAAUGCAAAUCCAUUGUCACGUUCGUUACUUGUCGGUCUGACAAUAUAUGUAUGUAUGUAUGUAUGUAUAUUGUAUGUACGUAUAACUAUGUAUGUGUAUUAUUGCCGACACGUUUUUAAAAGUGUAGUAUAUUUGAGUGCCACAGAUAGUUUAUUGAUUUUUUAAAAUGCCUUAACUAUUAAUUGAAUGAUAAAAUAUCUAUCUAUAAAUAUCUCAAGCACCCUUUGCUUGAAAAAUAGUGAAAUGUGCUAAAUAUUGAAUAGUAUCGAUUCUGUGUUAAAAAGAUAUUAAGUGAAGAUGUAAAGUGAUUUGGAAGUCGGUGAAACAUCGACAAUUUCCCAGUCUUUGUGUACUUAAGGUCGACAAGCCUCAGUUCGGUGUGUUCCGAUCGAACCCGAGAGAUUCGAAGGGAGGCACAAACAGGAAUUGGCUGGUCGAUGCACCUUAGCGUUCAAGGCAUAGUGGAACGCAAGGGAAGUCGGCACAUCUGCGCUGUACGUGAAUUUUUUUCGAAACCACUGAGAAAAUACAUUACUCUUUCUCUCCCUCUGUUGUGCCCAACGUUGCGCCGAAACAGCUGAUCGUUUGCCCCUUUAAUUGCAUCGCGACUGGGUCGACGCUGUGAAGGACAUUAUACAACCACGGAUAAACCCCCCACUUUAAAAUUAAUCUUAAAGAUUGGGGGUAGUAGUGGAACACCUGAAUACGGCAACGAAUCUCCAAGUCAGACAAUGUUGUCCCAACAUUUGGGUGUCUACCAACAACAGUUGGGUCUCAAUUGCUCUGUAACGCAAGAAUCUGAAUACGAUAGGUAUAUAGGGCAUAAAAAACUUAAAAAGAAAAAGAAAAAGAAGGAUAAAAGGCACAAGCAUCAUCACAAAGAUAAAAAAAGAAGAAGAGAAGAAUCCAGUCAAGAAUCAGUAGGAGAUGCUGAUGAAAGUUUAGUUGAAAUUCCUAAAAAAAUUCCUAAUCAUCAAUUGUUACCUCCAAGACCACCAUCUAGUGGAGAACACAGAGUUGGCAUUACUAGCCAUAUUAGUUCUCUUUCUCCACAUCGUGAACCUAGAACUUGUGUACUUAGGAAAAUCGCCGAACGAACACCUCUUCAACGAUUAUUAGAACAUCUUCUUAGGUCAAUGGAGAAACGUGAUCCUCAGCAAUUUUUUGCUUGGCCAGUUACAGAUAGUAUUGCACCUGGAUAUUCUCAAAUCAUUACGAAUCCUAUGGAUUUUAGUACUAUAAAACAAAAAAUAGAUGAUAACAGUUAUCAAAAUUUAAAUGAAUUCGUAGAAGAUUUCAAAUUAAUGUGUGAUAAUGCCACUACGUACAAUCAUCCAGAUACUAUUUAUUACAAGGCGGCAAAGAAAUUAUUACAUGUUGGCCUAAAAAUGGUAACACCCGAUAAACUUCGACAAUUAAGACCUGUUUUAACAUAUAUGCAAGAUAUAUCGAAAGAAGAACUCGGAUUCGAAUUGGGUACAGAAGAUCCUAAUAAUCCUGAUAUUCCUGUAACGGAAGAACAAAUUGAACGAGAACGAGAACAAGAAGAACGUAACGAAGAAGCUGAGGAACUUAGGAAAGAGAAUCAGAGGAAAAUAAGAUUAGCAAAUUUGGGUAAAUUUGAAGCCAUUCCGGAUGACAUGACACCAGAGGAAAUCUUGAAACAAGCCCGAGGAGCCGCGAAAACAGCGUCUGAAAAGUUAACGUUAAAAAGAUUGAAUUCCAAGAUGGGUUUUCUUAGGCAAAAGAAAGAUGGAACGACUAGCUUACAAAUAAUAGUACCGGGAGACGGAGUGAUUCCAGGAACUAAUCAAAGACCAGUGUCAUUAGGGCAGCUUAUAGGUAAAUUGAAUCAUGGUACAGGAGCAUUAGCAGGAUUUCGUGAAGAUAGGAGAAAUAUGUCGAAACCAGUAAAACCUUUAUAUUAUGGUGCCUUUGGUUCUUAUGCUCCAAGUUACGAUUCCACGUUUGCUAAUCUCACGAAGGAAGAAACAGACUUGGUGUAUCAAACAUAUGGUGAUGAAACUGCUGUACAAUAUGCAGAGUCAAUUUUAGAUUUUGCUAAAGACUGUGAUUAUACGUUAACUAUGGUGGACGAUUUGUUGGAUAUUCUUACAGGAGGAGAUCACAGAAAGACUAAGAAGUUCCUUGAGGAAAAACGAAGACUCAAAGAGGAAGAAGAGAAAAUAAAACAUUUAUUAGAAAAACCAAUGCAAGAUGUAAAUCGUAAUAUUCCAUCUUUAGAGAACAUUAAAGUUGAUAUCGAUCAAUUAAAGACUCUAUCGGAGUUAGGAAUUGAUGUUAAUUUCUUAGAAAAUUUAGAGGAAGACUUAAAACUCAACGAAGAACGCGCGGCAUUGCAAAAUCGGUUAGAUGAUACAUCACAAAUGUUAGGCCGUUUAAAACAAGUACAACAUGAGCGACUUUCGGUUCCACCGCCAGCUCAUUUGUCGAAUGUUUCUAAACCAUCAGAAACGGAAGUUGCAAUAGCUGAUAAAAUUACGGAUAAUUUGACAGAAAUAGCAAAAAAACUUCCUCCCUCAGCAAUCGCUCCUGUAGAUGGUUUGCGAAGAGCUAUGGGUAUUGCACCCCUUGGCGGACCAGAGCCUAUGGAAGUGGAACCGAUUACUCAUAAUCCAACAAUCGUUGCGGAAAAUAAUUUAUUGUCGCAAUCUAGUAAUAAUCAAGUUCCGUCGAAUUUAUUAUCGGCUCCUUCACCAAUUCAAAACACUAAUUUGCUCAGUCCAACCAGUCAACAAAAUCAAUCGAUUAAUAUCGUGAAUACGAAUCAGUCACCUAUGCAGAUACAAAUCGGCAUGACACACAGUCAAACGCCUCCGUCUUUAUUAACUACUUCAGAAACGUCUGCAGUUCCAGAUCUAGAAUCGGAACUUCGAGAAUUUUUGGAAAGCGAUCCUACAUUAGGACACUCGCCACUUCACGAUGAUAAAACAUUGGAGGAUAUUUUAUCCGAAUCUUAGUGUGUACGAUUUUCGAGAUAUGAUAUAUGAUAUAAUAUACCUCCUACAGGUUGUACAUUUUAUUACAUAUAGACACUAAUAUUAAUUAUUACGUUUAAUGACAAGCGUGCGGUUAAUAAAUAAGUUCGUAUCAUGUAAUAUGAUGUCAUUCAAUUAAUACCGCUUUAUUUUAUGGAUAUAUAUUAUUUAUGAAGUUUGCGUAACAGGUUAUAUUGGAUGAAUAUUUGUAACAUUUUGGUGAAAUGUGUUUGUAUUGUAAAAUAUUGUUUAAAAUAAUGAAAAAGAUAUUUUAAUGUUUUAUAGAAAAUUGAUUUUAAUGAA